GCACGAGCCCUUACAGCGGACCGCUCGAACUUACUGAGUGCGUACGGCGCGCGGACGUUUGCGUGCUCGCGUGCUCGGUCUACCCUGCGUGGUUAGGGCACGGAGGGCUAUGCAGACAGAGUUGGGCGCCUUCAGCAACUUCGCCGGAGCUGCGCUGCCUCGCAGCCCACACUCGCCCGCGAUUAAUCGCGCUCGUAUGCAAACCUUGAAACGCCGGACGACUGUUAACGCCAACCCCCACCGGAGCGCGAGCACCGUGGAGCUCGCGGAGCGCACCUACUCGCCGAGUUGCAUGGUGCACCCCCGAAGACGAACUUUGGCAGCGCUAAAGCCUCUACGCUAAACAGGGUUGAGAGCGGUGCGCCUUUUCCUCAGGACUACUAUUCAUAGAAGAGAAGAUCCUUCGGAGUUUUUCCGUCCUCGGUCUUAUCAACUCGCUGGACUUCGGCGUGAAAAUCCGCAGGCGGUUGUAGCAAUGGUUCAGAAAACCACCAGCACGGAGAGUCCUGAGUCGCUGUUCGCCGGGGACUCCUCCGAGUCCGGGGCUAUGGAAGUAGACAUUGCUGCGUCCUCGACGCCCGGCUUUGCUGCGAGCGGAGGGGACAAGCUGGACCCCGGCUGGUGCAAAACCCCCAGCGGUCACAUUAAGAGACCGAUGAACGCGUUUAUGGUGUGGUCUCAGAUCGAAAGGCGCAAGAUCAUGGAGCAGUCGCCGGACAUGCACAACGCGGAGAUUUCAAAGCGUCUCGGCAAGCGCUGGAAACUCCUGAAAGACAGCGACAAGAUUCCCUUCAUACGAGAGGCGGAGCGCCUCCGACUGAAGCACAUGGCCGAUUAUCCAGACUACAAGUACCGACCGAGGAAGAAGGUGAAGUCGGCCGGCGCCAAGCCGAGCGAGAAGGGGGAGAAAGUGAGCGGCGGCACUUGCACCGGCGCCGGGUCCAAGCCAUCCUCAAAGAAGAGUGGAAGUUCCAAGUCGUCCGGCAAAGCGCACAAAACGGUUCCCGGGUGCGCCAAAGCCGCGCUGCCCGAGCAGGGCACGCACUCUGCAGCCGCCGAUCGCCACUCGCUGUACAAGUCCAAGUCUGCGUCGGCUGCCAAGCAAAUCCCGGACAAGAAGGGCUCCAAGCGGGUCUAUGCUUUCGGGGGCGGCAGCGGCAUCAGUCCGUCGUCAGCGGCGGUUCCGGCCAGCCCGACCCUCAGUAGCUCCGCCGAGUCCGCCGACCCCCUCAGCUUCUACGAGGACGGCGCGAGCAGCGGCAAGGAGAGCGCGGAUUCGCCCGGCGGCGCGCCCGCGACUCGCCACCGAUACACCAGCAUGCGGGCUACGUCACCGGCUCCAUCCGCCUCGCACUCCUCGUCUUCGUCUCAGUCCUCCUCUUCGGACGAGGAAUUCGACGACGACAUGCCGGACAUGAACUCGAGCCCCGGUUUCGACAGCAUGUCACUGGGAAGCAUCGGCUCCUCCGUGCUGGACAGGGACUUGGAUUUGAGCUUUGAGUCGGGAGCCGGUUCCCACUUCGAGUUCCCCGAUUACUGCACUCCCGAGGUGAGCGAGAUGAUCUCAGGAGACUGGUUGGAGUCGACCAUCUCGAACUUGGUGUUCACGUAUUGAACUGCGCAAACGCGGGGGUUGUCUUUGCAAGAGGGAAAAAAACGAGCGAAAGGGAUGCCAAGGCUAGUUUGUAGGCUGAGUUUGUAUAAUAGGCUGCAAAAAUGAGGGUCCCGCCGGGUGUCAGACGGAGAGCGCGGACCACCACGGCCAGACGCUCGCGCUCCGGCGAGGGGAUCUGCAGGUAUUUGGUGCGCAGAGCCGCAGUCGUGCGCCUGCGUCUGCACGAAGACAAGAAGAUAUGAAUGCGUCCUACUUGGGGGAGAGGAAGAUCAUAUUGGGAAAACAAAACACACGCACACACACACACAAACACACACACACUCGGUCUGAACUGGAAAACUGUGAUUGAUUUGCACGUACCUGAAGACAGACUUUGGUCGGCUGUUUGAAUCAAAUUUACUGAGAAAACGGACAAUUGAGAACUUUUCGAAUCGCCAAGUGAACUUCCUGACUUAAGAGGUACAGAAAUAGGCUGUAUUGGGCUGUUUUACAUCAUGGUGGAUUUAUUAACAAGGUGGGUUGACUUAAGGCAAACCAUUUAAAAAAAGAAAAAGAACCGCAUGUUUUCUGUCCUCUCUUGUAUUGAGCUUUUUGUAAGACUGUCGAGCAGUUCAACUAGCGGUGGGGUUAUUUAAAGGGAUAGAUGGCGCUACGUUGGGUUCCUGCUUAAAGGGAAAAAAAAAUCACCAGCUGUUUUCACUCUUCAGGAUUCAAACACAACACAAAUCUGUGCUGAUCUUUAUAAUUCAGGACCAAACUUCUGUUGUUUUCCAGGUGUUGCGUAUAGAGAAAUCCUAUUGUUUUGUCCUCGUUGUGUUUCCUUUCGACGUACGUUCAGAUGCCAUGUUUUAUAUGGAUGUAUUUAUAUACUGGCCAAACGGUUUGGACUUCUUUCUGUUUCUCGUCGGUCUUGCCAUGUCCACCCGAAACGUCUGUCUCCUUCUCCGAAGAAGGGCUAGAGUUUGAACUUUUUGAUUUUUUUUUUAUAUUUAAAUGUAGACUUUUGACACUUAAAGAGAGGAAACGUUUGAUUAUUUUCUCAGUGUAUUUUUGUACAAAUAUAUAUAAAAGGGGGUGUCAAUCGGUGUAUAUCGCUGUUUGGAUUUCCUAACUUUAAGAACCAGGCGGGUUGGUUAUCUCCGAAUCAGCCUCCUGCACAUGUUUACAGGUCCAGUCUGCAGGCGUGUGUGCAGACACACACACAGACACACACACACACACACACACACACACACACACACUCACACACACUCUCUCUCUCUCUCUCUCUCUCUCUCUCUCUCUCUCUCUCUCUCUCUCUCUCUCGUUUUCAUACCCCACUAUAGCCCACAUGUGCUUCGACACGACGACUUUUGAAAGGACAUUUCUGCAUUUCACUUCUGAUCUUGCUGAAUACACAGAGAUUGUAGCUUUAAAUGACCGUUUUUUGGCGUGGCGUUUUAUAUCGAGAUGUUCGGUUUUAACCACUGGACGGAAAAUAAACCAUUAAGCAUCAAAUUGCCGAUUUGAGUUCGCAACGAUUAUGUACUGCGUUCUUCAUUGUAUUUGAAUAUUUAAUCUUUUCUACUUGUCGGCUAAGUAUAGCUAAUUGUUUUAGUAUCUUAUGGCAUGGUGAAUAGAUUUUGUAUUUCCGAUUCAGGUUUAUAGCUGUUGUGUUUAAAAAUAAAAUAAAAAAAGAUGAAAAAUAAGGAAAAUCGUGAAAACAACUUUGUACAGCUGACUGUAUUAUAAGCAAAAAGAUUGUGUGUUUAUGUACGUUUCGCUAUACCAUGACAGGCACUAGAACAGCUGUCUUUAUACACGUUUUACUAGCUUACUUACUUUAAAGAUUAUUGUUAUGGAUUUUAUAUAUAAAUAUAUAUAUACAGCUGAAUUAUAUUAACUUUAUUUUUCAUUCAUUCUGUGCAAUAUGCUGUGUAGAAAUAUUGUUUUGUCUAAUCAUGCCAUAACACAUUUGAGGGGAAAUCUCAUGCCAACUAAAUGUGUCAAGUCACUGCCUGUCAGAUUGUUAAUAUACUCCUGUACAGAACUUUUUUUGUUUUGUUUUUUUUUGUUUUGUUUUUUUUUCAAGAAGGAAAUAAAAUCAGCUGGAACUGAA